GUUAUGACAUAGGACAAUCGGUACAACGCUGGCGGCAGCCGUAGUAACGGGAGUUAGCUUGAAGCCGUCGGAAGAAAUGGCGGAAGAAGAGACGUCGACGACGGCGAAAGAAGGGGAGAAUUUGCUCGGUCCGCCUUCCUUCACCGAGCUCGAGAACGGAAGGUUCAAGUGCGUCGAGACAGGCCACGAGGUCCUCUCCAAGGACAAGGAAUCGUAUUCGCAGAGCAAACGGUGCCGGCUGGGUCUCGUCAACCAUGCUCUGUCCACCCGCAAGGCUCCUCUCAACAUGUUCAAGCAGGACCCUCUCAACAGGUCGAAAUUGGUCUGUAAGUUGACUGGGGAUACAGUGAAUAAGACCGAGGAGCAUAUCUGGAAGCACAUCAAUGGCAGGCGGUUCCUCAACAAAUUAGAACUAAAGGAAAUGGGGAAAUUGGUUCCAAAUGGGAAAUCAGCUGAAGGUGAAGAGAAGAAGGAACAUGGGGAUGGGGAUGGGAAUGGUGAUGAUAAGGAGAAUAAGAAGAAGAGGAAGAAGAAAAAGAAAAAGAAGGACAAGAAGGCAAAGACUGUUGAAGAAAUCGUGACUGAAAUCAGGGAUGUUCCAGCUGAUGGGGAGAGUGAUGAUUCUGAGGUAGAAGAAGCUGAGUUCUGGAUGCCACCUAAGGGAGCACGGUGGGAUUUCGAAGAUGGAGAUGAUCGGUGGGGCUCUGACGAAGAGGCUGAGUUGGAUGAGGACGGGGAAGGAAUGGAAGCAGCUCAUGUCUUUGCAAUUCUUGUUUCUGAUGAUGCAGUUGAAGAUGUAAGCAAGGAGUCUGAUGACCUAUCUUGCCGAACAAAGAGAAUGGCAAUAGAAAUUGGACCCAGCAGCAAUGCACCCAGAAAGAAGAAGAGUAAAAAGAACUCAAAAGCCUAGUCUUUCCGGUCAAAGCUGAUGAUGAGCGAAAAUUCAACUUAUUUGCUCGGUUUGUAGUUGCGACACUCCUAUAGGCUAUUCAAUUUCGCAAUCCAAGAUGAAUAGGGAAAAUGGUUGUUGACUUAUUGUAGCUCUAGCAAGUUUUGAGUUCCCCCCUUGUUACCUCCUUUCUUUCAGUUUGUACCUUGCUCUUCUAGGAGCUAACUGGUGAAGAUUCGUUACCACAAGUUUCUGAUAAACAUUCAGUUUUGGGCAUUGAAUUUUUUAAUCCUUUUCUAGCA